AUGGGGAUGGCGCACGUCGUCGUCCUGGCGGCGGUGCUGGCCAUGGCGACGACGGUGAGCGCCUCGCCGGAGGCGGGGGUCCAGCCACUGUCUAAGAUCGCCAUCCACAAGGCCACCGUCGAGCUGCACGGCUCCGCGUACGUGCGCGCGAGUGCGCUGCUGCUCGGCGACGGCGACCAGCAGGAAGGAGACACUGCAACGGUCACUGUGGAAUACGGCUGGCAAAACCCCGCCACCGACGACUGGAUCGCCGUCUUCUCCCCCUCCGAUUUCAUCUCGGGCUCGUGCCCUAACCCACGGAGGUACCCCACCGAGCCGCUGCUCUGCACAGCGCCUAUCAAGUAUCAGUACGCCAACUUCUCGGCGAACUACCUCUACUGGGGCAAGGGCACCAUCCAGUUCCAGCUCAUCAACCAGCGCUCCGACUUCUCCUUCGCUCUCUUCACCGGCGGCCUGGAAAACCCAAAGCUUGUGGGGUUGACGAAGCUGUCGCCGUUCAAGAACCCCAAGGCGCCGGUGUUCCCGCGGCUGGCGCAGGGCAAGACCCACGACGAGAUGGCCGUGACCUGGACCAGCGGCUACGACGUCGGCGAGGCCUACCCGUUCGUGGAGUGGGGCAUGGUCACCUCCGGCUCCGGCGGCGGGAACCCCGCCCGCACCCCCGCCGGCACGCUAACCUUCAACCGCGGCAGCAUGUGCGGCGCGCCGGCGCGGACGAUCGGGUGGAGGGACCCCGGGUUCAUCCACACGGCGUUCAUGAGGGGCCUGUGGCCCAACAAGGAGUACUUCUACAAGAUCGGGCACGAGCUCCCCGACGGGACGGUGGUGUGGGGCAAGCCCUACACCUUCCGGGCGCCGCCGACCCCCGGGCAGAGCUCGCUGCAGCGCGUCAUCGUCUUCGGCGACAUGGGGAAGGCGGAGAGGGACGGGUCGAACGAGUACGCCAACUACCAGCCGGGGUCGCUCAACACGACGGACGCGCUGGUUAAAGAUCUGGACAACUUCGACAUGGUCUUCCACAUCGGCGACCUGCCCUACGCCAACGGCUACAUCUCGCAGUGGGACCAGUUCACCGCGCAGGUCGCCCCCAUCAGCGCCAGGAAGCCCUACAUGAUCGCCAGCGGCAACCACGAGAGGGACUGGCCCAACACCGGAGGGUUCUUCGACGUCGAGGACUCCGGCGGCGAGUGCGGCGUGCUGGCCGAGACCAUGUACUACUACCCGGCCGAAAACAGAGCAAACUUCUGGUACAAGGUGGACUACGGGAUGUUCCGGUUCUGCGUGGCGGACUCGGAGCACGACUGGCGGGAGGGGACGCCGCAGUACAAGUUCAUCAAGGAGUGCCUCUCCACGGUGGACCGGAAGCACCAGCCGUGGCUCAUCUUCGCAGCGCACCGGGUGCUGGGAUACUCCUCCAACAAGUGCACCAUGAACGGGACCAUCUUCGUGGUGGCGGGCGGCGGCGGCAGCCACCUCAACGGCUACACCAGCGCCAUCCCCAAGUGGAGCGUGUUCAGGGACCGGGACUAUGGCUUCACCAAGCUCACGGCCUUCAACCACUCGUCGCUUCUCUUCGAGUACAAGAGGAGCAGCGACGGCAAGGUCUACGACAACUUCACCAUCCACAGGGACUACCGCGACGUGCUCGGCUGCGUGCACGACAGUUGCUUCCCCACCACACUCGCUACCUGA